UUCUAGCAUAACCCUUGGUAGGCUACAAAGCUAUCUAACUAAGCAAUACAUAUCUUUUUCUCUCUUAUUUGCUCUCUUUCUUGUUAUCAGAUCGUGUGUGGUGUAUUUUAGUCACAAAAGAACUAGUCAUGGCUGAUGAGAUCUCAGGAACUAAUGGUAAGCAUGGGGUUGUGUUGGAUGUUGAGGGUGAUAAUCCUUGUUAUCCUCCUCCACCUUGUAAUGACCGUCCACCUUGUGCUUCCAAAACCAAGGAAGAUUCAAUCUUAAGCAUCUCUGUACCUUUCAUUCAAAAGUUGAUAGCUGAGGUGGUAGGCACGUAUUUCUUGAUAUUCGCCGGAUGUACAGCGGUGGCGGUGAAUUUGAACUUCGACAAGGAGGUGACACUUCCAGGAAUAUCAAUAGUUUGGGGAUUAGCUGUGAUGGUCUUGGUUUACUCUGUUGGUCACAUCUCUGGUGCCCAUUUCAACCCUGCUGUCACUCUUGCCUUUGCCACCUGCAAGAGAUUUCCCUGGAAAGAGGUGCCUGCUUAUAUAGCAUGUCAAGUCAUAGGAUCAACACUAGCAGCUGGAACAAUUCGAUUAAUUUUUACAGGGAAGCAAGAUCAAUUCACAGGAACAAUGCCAGCUGGAUCAGAUAUGCAAUCCUUUGUAGUUGAGUUCAUAAUCACAUUUUAUCUCAUGUUUAUCAUAUCAGGCGUCGCUACCGAUAACCGAGCUAUUGGUGAACUUGCUGGACUUGCUGUAGGUUCUACAGUUCUCCUAAAUGUGCUUUUUGCAGGGCCAAUUUCAGGGGCAUCAAUGAACCCAGCAAGAAGCUUGGGGCCUGCAAUUGUAUCAUCUCAAUACAAGGGGAUAUGGGUUUAUCUUAUAUCGCCGAUUCUUGGUGCUCAAGCAGGUGCAUGGGCGUAUAACAUGAUUAGGUAUACAGAUAAGCCUCUGAGAGAGAUCACCAAGAGUGCUUCAUUCCUCAAGAGUACAGGACGUGCUUGAUAAGAAAGUAAUCUUUUUUCGGCCUACCAUAUUUCAUAUGUAAAGCUAGAAAGAUUUUCUGUAAUUUUCCCAGAUCAUCAAUGGAAAGAUUUCCAAUGGUUGUCCU